AUGACACAGUUUCAAAGGAUACACCAUGUGAGACUUUGUCUAUUGACCGUGAUUACAUUCACCAGUGCCAUCAACGCCCGGCCUCACCAUGGAGGGCCCCAUGAAUCCGGACCUCACUCUCAUCAAAGUGGAGAAACGGCAGAACCAAGACAGCCUCGAGAGAUGACGAGCUCGGCCAUGGCACAUCCUCAUCGGAGAGAGAACCCGGCAGUGUACCAAUUUGAAAACCCAUUUGGCCAAUCCUUCAACCAGCGGAUGGGUCGAUCUGAGCAAGCUAAGCAUCAUCAUGAGCUACCCUCACAAACUAUUGCCGAGAGGCGUGUCGCUACCCAAUCACUUUGGCCCAGUAGCUCGUCCCAUUGGGCCGAUGUUCCCAGUGCCCUGACCAAGAGCAGUGACUGGCAUCAAUGGGGAGGUGCUGCAUCCGCACAAGGGGAUCCCAACUCUCUCUAUGGAGGAUCCGAUGAUGGCGGGCCUCCGCAACGCAAGCGUCAUAUUCAAAAGGGUGCCGGUUAUGGGCAAGAGAAUAGUUUUGAUGAUGAGGGUGACAAUAUUGAGUUGGGCGAAGACGAAUUCUCCUCCCCUGGCCCGGGUCAAGGAUACGAGGAAGAAGGACCUGAUGGAUAUCAAGGCGGGGAUGUUUCAUCAUUUGGCGGACCCUCGGGAUUUGAGUCACAAGGCGGCUUUGAAGAAGAACAAGAUGGAUAUCAAGGAUCACCAAGUGGGUAUAACAGCCCCCAAGGCGUUUUUGAGGGACAUCAUGGAGAUUUUGAUGAAGAGCAAGGCGGGUUUGAAGGACCACAAGGUGGCUUUGAGGCCACACGUUUUAAACCCUCGUCCAACCGGCCUUCAUAUGAAAACAACUACGAGCCCCAAGUGGUUGAUCGAGGUUCUAGCUCGCCCAUUGGACAUCCUGCUGGCUUCCAAAGCGCCUUCCCAAAUAACUUUGAGAAAUUCAAGGAAUCCGUCCAAGUGGAAACCACCCAUCCCUACACCAAUGAUGAAGAGUCCGGCAACGGGUUUGCACCGCAAGGAUUUCCCAAAAACUUCCCCUCCAGUUUUCCUGGGAACAUCAAAUUUCAGCCCUCUAGUGACCAUGUAAAGGUGACCCAAGAGUUUCAUUCUAAUCAAAACUUCGGCGGACCAGAGGAUUAUGAAAGACCCCAAACACCACCAGGGUACAACCCUCCAAGCUAUUCCGUACCCGGUCAGCUAACUCCUCUCCAACGCCCUGAGCGCGACUCCUCUCCCAAUCAAUUUGAGAACACUGUGCAACAUGGCACUGGCGAGAGCCACUCCUACUUUUCUCAUGGCGAUUUUGGGUCCAAGACACCCUCUCACAACGGCCCCAGUCACAUCGUUCCUAUUCCCCAAAGAAGCUCCCAAACUUUUGGAGCACUCCCACCCAACUAUGGCGCACCCCCACCAAGUUAUGGCGGAGCCCCACCCACCUAUGGUGGACCCCCACCAAGCUAUGGAGGACCUGUGCCAAACUACGGCGGACCCCCUUNUAUUCCCCAAAGAACUCACAACGGCCCCAGUCACAUCGUUCCUAUUCCCCAAAGAAGCUCCCAAACUUUUGGAGCACCCCCACCCAACUAUGGCGCACCCCCACCAAGUUAUGGCGGAGCCCCACCCACCUAUGGUGGACCCCCACCAAGCUAUGGAGGACCUGUGCCAAACUACGGCGGACCCCCUUCAAAUUUUGGACCUCCCCCGUCUAACUUCGGUGGCCCACCUUCUCCUCCUGCCUAUGGAAGUCAUAUCCCCAGCUUUGGGGGGCCUUCUUCGUCAAUCCCUUAUAGCGGAUCACCGCCAAAAUCGUUCCCACCGAAGAAGCCUAAAUCCCUCAAGAGACAGCCAUCGUACUCCCCUCCCCCUCCACCAUCUCCUCCAUCUCAAUCUUUUGUCGAUCCUAAAAGCUUUAAGCCAAUUCAAACCAAAUCCCAGUUUGACGAGAUCAAAGAGAUCGGGGACGAUAUCAUUGAUUCCCAAUUCCAACAAUUCAACGACCGCUUUUCCAGCCAUACCAAAGGCGUCGACACUGACGAGGAUUACCACAAGAGCGACCGAGAUGAGCAGAACUUCAAGUACAACAAGGUCAACUACAGGGAGCCCAUAUCAAAGGUCUACACUCACGAGGAGCCAGAAGAGAACAUUGAAUAUGGGACAUCCUACGGAGCUGUUGAGGCCUACAAAGUAGGUUUUGAAAGUGACAAACCACACCCAGCCCACAUGAUGCUCAACGAUGAGGAUGAUGCUGAAGAUAAAAGCUCAGUGGAGGAGGAUCCCAAGCAGUAUAAGCCUCGCGCGGGCGGGGAUUACAGCCCUUACAACGAGGAGAUUGCCAAACAAGAAGAGGAGAUGAACCGAUACCGCAGCCAAGCCCAAGGUGAAGAGAGUGAAGACGAUGGUUACUACAUUCCGUCCCUUCCCCAAGACGAGGAAGAGACUGACCAAGACAGCUACUUGAAGGCCAAGAAUGACUCCAAUUCCUCCAAGCGCCGCUCAGCCCGUUUUGACGACGAGGACAAGAGGAGGCUUCGCCAAAAGUACCGCGGUAAAAACGUGGAAGCUGUCGAGGACGAGGUGGAUCGAUCCGGAUCCUUCUCUGACGACGAUCUUGUAGACGAAGAGGAGGCCAAGCGGUGGGCCCGUAUGUAUGAAUGGAGGAAGAAGAAUAGCGAGUAGCGAGAAAUAAUAUGACUUAGCAGAUUAUUCCCUUGGAUUCACCAUGAUUUUCAGAUGACGAGUUUCUCAUCUUGAGAGUUUUACGCUUUUCCCUAAAUUUGAAUUUCCAGGAAAUUUCACGAAAAACGCCAAUAUCAUUGAUUGAUACCUAUGUUUUUACCCAGCCUCCCUCGGCCAAUCUAGCGAAAAAAGUGAGUCAUCUCACUUCCAUUUUUGAGAAGUGAAAUGGCAGUGAAAGUACAUAGAACAAGCAAUUAGCCCUCUUACCACCCAUCCAGCCAUCCAUCCAUCCAUCCACAUGUUGUAGUUGCCAAUAUACAUUCUGAGAGGAUGAAUAAAAGUGUCAAAAAAGUAU